CCUUCACUUUUUCCUGCCUCUCUCACAUUCUCAUCCACUCGUUCACACGCUUACUUACUCAGUCGCUUCAUCACAACUACGCGUCCCAUUCAACAACCAUGGCCAAACUCAAGCUCUUUUGUCUAGUCGAGGGUGAAUCCACGUCGAGAGCCUUUCCGCUGUCUGUUCCUUCGACACAAACAGUCGGUGACCUCAAGAAGCUCAUCAAGACCGAGAAAACCAUUGCCUUCAGCGACGUCGAUGCAGGCAGGAUCACGCUCUGGCUCGUCACGAUUCCCAAUGAUGCUGAGGAGGUUCCCAUCAGGCUCGACACCCUGAAUGAGAAGAAGAAGCUGCGCCCGACUAGCGUUCUCUCAAAAGUGUUUAGUGAGGGGACACCAAAGAACACAAUCCACAUCAUCGUUCAGCGACCGCCACCAAUCCCGAAAAAGACAUCUCGGCAAUCAAGGCUAGACAACCCGCGAUGAUCGAAACAUCUUGUUUUACUAUAUACCCUUGGGUCAUGCCGCGCCCUGGUUCGUCACACUCACAUCCACUUCUUUCCUUCGUGAUCUAGAUCCCUCUUUAUCUG